AUGGGUGUUUUGGAUUAUCUACGUGCAAGCAGCAUAGUGCACUCGAUACAACAAUAUGAUCUUGUCAAUACCCCUGAAUUCCAGAAACCGGUGUGGCUGCCUGUAUCAGGCACUAUUCCACCAUGGCUAAAUGGCAUUCUAUAUAGAAUUGGACCCGCAAAAUACAAUCUCGGCGAUCAAAAUGGAAAGCAGUACAUGAUACGGCAUGCAUUUGACGGUCUACCUUUCAUCCAUCGAUUCGAACUAUGUUCAAAACAACAAAAGGUGCGAUACAAUUCACGACUAACGGCCGAAGCUGUGGAAAAGACACUUGUAAGCGGCAACUCCAACAACAUCUUUUUCGGUCACAUGCCAGACGAAGAGCAAGGAUGGGGUCGAUUCGCAAAGACGAUACAGCGGCUAGAUAGCACCCUUUUCCGAGCCACACCACAAGAUGUCACAUUACUCGAUCCAUCAUCCAGAGCUGUAGGCGUCACUGUUACUCCAAAUUACCCAUUGCCAAAAGCUCUACAAAAAGCCGACAGCAAUGAUCGUGUGCUUGUAGCAAAAUCCGAUUACAACAUGCUACAACAAGUAAAUGAAGAUACCCUUGAGCCACAGCUUCUCUUUGAAUACAACCAUUAUGAUAAGAAGAACCUACAUGGCAUUCCUACAGCAGCACAUCAUCAAUACGAUGCUGAAACAGGCGAGACAUUCAACGUUUUAGUCAAUUUCGGACGCGUGUCCAAGAUGACCAUCUUUGCAUUGGAUCAUACAGGAACACAAACAAGGGUGUUGGCAGAAAUUACCCAUCGAAAACUUGCCAAUGGCGAUACGAGCGAGCCAAUUCUUUUAUCGUACAUCCACUCGUUUUGGUUGACCAAGCACUAUGUCAUUAUCCCAGAAUCACCGCUUCAUUAUGGCAAUCGAGGACUUGAUGUCCUUAUGAGUGGUACCAUUGUUACAGGCCUAGCAUGGAAGAAGAAUACACCUACCUACUUGCAUAUCAUUAGCCGAGAUACAGGUGGAUUGCUCGUUUCCCUACCCACCGAUCCAUUUUUUACGUUCCAUACCGCCAAUGCAUGGGAUACCAUUGACGACAAAACGGGCCAACCAGUCAUCCACCUCGAUUGCUGUGCUUUUGAUAGUGCCGAUUUUCUUUACAAGCUAUACAAUCUUGGUCAGCGGGACGCAACAGAGAGUACAAAAGACAAGAAAAAGACGACACCCAUCGAGUACAGAGGCAUCACUAUUGACGAAAACAACAUGCCAACAUCACACGCUGAUUUGCGUCGAUACAGCGUCACGUGGGGUGACAAAGAAAACAAGGCGACAAGCACCACUAUUACACCUAAUGUCGAGUUCCCUCGUUUUUCACAGGCGUACACGCUCAAGCCAUACCAAUUCUUAUGGGGUUGCCAAGCAAGUGAAGAUGAUCCUAGUAGAUCCGUACUAUGCAAAGUGGACUUGGAUACAGGCCAUGUCACUCGCAAUACCAGCAAAGGAUAUUCAUUUUCGGAACCCAUUUUUGCACCAAGACCCGAUGCCACCAGCGAGGAUGAUGGUGUGUUGCUAUCGUUUGUGAAUAACGUAUCCGAUCAUCGUUGUCUCCUAGUCAUUGUGGAUGCAUCCACGCUUGAGGAGAUUGCAACUUGUGAUGUGGGUGACUUUACAGCUACCACUUUUCAUGGUUCAUUUGUAUCAGACAAAUUUGAGAACAUCUCCGUAAACUAA